AUGUCCCAGCCACAACCCCGCCGGACCGUUAACGCCCCCGCCGUACAGGGUAAACCCGCGGCCACAAGGACAACUCCCCAAGUGGCCUCUACUCAGACGACUACCGCGAAGUUCACGCCGGACACUACCCACAAACUCUACCGCCUUAAUCUCCCACGCGAUAUUCAAUACCUGCGCAGCAUCACCGAGACCUUCGCAGCCCCCGAUGGUACCGCCAUCUGCGGACCAUAUGUCCCAAAGAAUGACCUUCCCGAGAUUUCCUUCCCCUUCCUUCCUCGUGCCCGCGUUACGGACGCCGGCGCGGCCAACAGCGGCAAUGCAGCUCCCGGGCCCCAACCCAAUCCCAACAACGUCCUCCUCGUGAUCCCCACGAGCAACGAAUCCAAAACCAAGAUGCUGCUUGACCACCUGCACAAGAUCAAGCCCCCCCACAUCAAGCUCACCCACCGCCAGAUCCCCGCGAAAUCCGGCGUCGGCGAGCAGCCUUACGACGGGGCCGGCCCGCUCGGCGCUUUCACCCGCGUCCUGAACGCCAUCCGCACGCUGCAGGCCGAUCCACAGCGCCGCAAGGCGCUGUUAGAUAAGCGGAUCGGCACCAUCAUCGUGGGCGCCAUCGAGAAUUUCAUGCAGCGCCCGUCGGGGCCGGGUGGCCGGGCGGUGGACUAUGGUGUGGUGGUGUUUUGUGUGGUGUCGCUCAUGCCUGGCGCGGAUCAGAGCGGAGGGAAGUGGAAGUGGUCGAUGGGCGUGUCCGGGGGCGUGUCGGCGCCGACGGAGUACUGGAAGGAGGCGGAGACGUUUGGGUUUGAGAAGAACGUGAGGGAGCAUGGGAACGUCACCAUUGGUGAAUUGCUUCAUGUUAAUGCUGGGUUGGACAAGGCCAACUGGCAUCUGCAGUUGGCCGGUGUGUCGCGGUAUGAUCUACUAGAGGACGCCAUGAAGGCGCUAAAGGUGCCAUGGCCGGAGGAGAGAAGGGCUGUAGCUGUUGCCGGUGAUGGUGCGCAACGCCGAGGCGGCGGAACCAACGGCACUGCUGUGAGGGCCAACGGCGCUUCUGUGAGGGCCAAUGGUGCCGCCGUGAGGGCCAGUCCUGAAGCAACUGGCCGUCCCAAGCAAACAACUCAGCAAUCGUAG